AUGUUUCGAGCUCGCUCUCUGGCGCGUGGCCUGGGAGUUGCUGGUUGUCUAUUGUUGGCGGCGACGUUUUCCGUGUCGGUUGUAGCUGCGUUGUCGCCUGUGAGUACGGUUAGCUGGACCUGGAUAGGUGGAGAGACGGGCACAGGUAAGUAUGGAAAGUAUGGAACGUUGAACGAGACGUCUCCAGAGAGUGUCCCUGGUGGACGUCAAAAUCCAGCAGCCUGGGUCGGAAGUUCGAGCUUGGUAUACUUGUUUGGCGGGUUUGGGAAUGGAAACACAACAGGGGGCUACCUCAACGAUUUUUGGAGCUUCAACCUCACAUCACUCGAGUGGAUGUGGAUAGGCGGCUCUUCAGACGUCAACAAACAAGGAGUAUAUGGCACACUCGGCAUAAGCAGCCCAGCCAAUAUACCUGGCAGUCGUUAUGCAAGCGCAUAUUGGCAGGCGGACGAGCAGCACUUCUGGUUGUUUGGUGGUUUCGGCUCUGAUGUGAACGGUAAUGAGGGCGAACUGAACGAUAUGUGGCGGUACGAUACUGAAACGGGAAUCUGGACGUGGUUCAGUGGGAAUGAUACUAUUAACGCCAAUCCAGUCUAUGGACCGAAGGAUAUCUACAGUCAAAUUUACAACCCCGGAGGCCGAUAUAGCGCGGCAUUCUGGCUAGGCACGGACGGUCUGUUUUGGAUUUUUGGUGGUGUGGGUAUUGCGGGGGAUUUUCUGUCAGAUCUUUGGUCAUUCAACCCUGUGACAUUCGUAUGGGCAUACAGAGGCGGAUCACAACUUGUUAACCAGCCCGGUAACUAUAGCGCACCUGGCGUGGCGAGCAACUCAAAUGCCCCAGGUGCGCGCGGCGCCUCGUAUACAUGGACAGAUUUUGAAGGAAAUCUCUGGUUGUUCGGUGGCGCUGGCUACGGAAACAGCACAGCACGAGGACCAGGGGACUUGAAUGAUCUCUGGGUCUACAACAUAAGCCAAUCCGUAUGGAUUUUUAUCACAGGGAAUACCACUAUUAGUAAUCCAGGAUCGUAUGGAACUCUCGGUGCUUUCUCCCCAACCAGUUACCCAGGUGCAAGAGACUCAGGCGUGAGUUUUGUGGAUUCUUUUGGUAAUCUACAGCUGUUUGGCGGUGAGGGAUUCGCUAAUACAAGCGAAUCCUUUGGCAAUUUGAACGAUCUUUGGGUAUUUGAUAUCACGCUUGGUCAGUGGGCGUGGAUCAAUGGCAGCCAAAGUGCGGAUGCUCUUUCAGUAUAUGGAGUUUUGAACGAGUCCAGCUCGAGUGUUGUACCUGGCGGUCGCUAUGGACCAGCUUUCUGGAAUACAAGUGGGACCGAUCCGAUCCUAUUUGGCGGAUUUGGAUACUCAAACACUAGCAGACCUGGCUAUCUCAAUGAUGUUUUCGCACUGCGUGAAACGUUCUUUACGCCUACCUCUACGCCUACGCCAACAUCAACGCCAACUGCUACAUCGACCCCAACAUUCUCGGCAACCGCUUCAUCUACGGCUACAUCUACGAUAACAGCAACCGUAACCUCGACGUUCACACUGACGCCAACGCCUACAUCUACUCCGGUGUGCACCAAUGAGAUCUGCGGUUCCCCGGGACAGUACACGAACCAGGACGCUUGCGAGCAAGUCGGAUGCUGCUUCAACGCCCAGACGAACGCGUGCACCCUGAAGAGCGUCGCAGCGGCGUGCAGCGCUGUUCCAGUGACACAGCGCGUCCCCUGCGGCUGGAGCUACAUCUAUCCCGACGAGUGCACUGCGAUACCGGGAUGCUGCUGGCAGCCCACAGCGAACGGCAUCCUCGCGCCCUGGUGCUACUACGACAUCGACCAUGCACCCCAGGCUUCUGUAGCGCUACAGGAGGUGCAGGCACCGGUUCCCGUCUGCCCGUCACCGGGAGCGCAGCGGCAGCCGUGCGGCAACGCGGGUAUCAACCAGUUUACCUGCUAUGAACAGGGCUGCUGCUACGACUCGCAGGCGCAGAACCAGUGGGUGCAGAACGGCAAGCAGCAGAGUGACUUUACGUCGAACCCGUACUGCUUCCAGCCCGAGAAGACGUGCGCGGUGGGUGAGUUUGAGCGCCAGCCGUGCACGAACGCGGUGAAUCAGAACCAGCAGCUGACCAACAAUAACAUCAACAAUAACCAGUUUGUGCGUCUGCUGAACACGCUGCUGUACGGAGAGCAGCACGGGACGCAGCGCACGAGCUACGCGCCGCAGCAGUGUCUGGAGGCUGGUUGCUGCCUGGGGCUCGGCAACGAGUGCUUCCAGCCGGUAACCGAGUACGUGUGCCAGACCUACGGGUAUGUGUCGAACUCGCUGAGCGGCACGACCGGCAACGUAUCGAACUCGAGCUAUAUUCCGUGUGGCCCGGAGUGCUGCAACGCCGAGACGCAGAACUGCACGUACAUCCCGUUCAGCAACAACAAUAACCAGCAGCAGCAGCAGCUGCAACUGCAGCAACAGCAGCAGCAACAACAGGUGCUGCUGCCGUCGUUCUGUGUGUGCAAGGACCCUACAAAGCAGUGCGGGACGUACCUGAUCCCUUCGGAUAACCUUGUGAACAAGAUGCGUUGCUGCCGCGCUGACGAGGAGUGCAUCAACAACCAGUGUGUCGUGAUUAGUUCAACACCGACUCCGAGUCCCGUGGCUGCGACAGCGACACCCUCUGCGACGGUGUCUGCGACAGCUUCUGCGGCGGUGUCUGCGAGUGCGUCAACAUCGGUUUCGGGUUCAGCUUCAGUUUCUGCUUGA